GCGUGUGCGGGAUCCAGAAGUUGGAGCAGCUGCAGUGCAGAGUGGUGGUGAGCCAGUGCAAAGAGCAGCAAACAGCUGAUUUUAGUUUGCCAUUGAAUUGCACUUGCUAUCCUGCUGAUGACACUCUGUCAUCCCUGAAAAAGGUUGAGGAUGGAGCCGGAUACUGACGACUUGCCAUUAAUGGCUAAUACAAGUCACAUACUUGUGAAGCAUUUUGCCCUGGACCUAGAUGUCAAUUUUGACAGCCAGACGAUAUCAGGUAGUGUUGUGUUAUUCCUUCAGCCUACAAUGACUGGUGAAGCUUACUCCUCUCAGCUGGCUGAAGCCCAUGGAGUCCAAGAACCCGAAACUUCUGUGCCACAUUUAAAUAUAUGCUCGUCACAUAGUGGCAUGAAAGACACAACUUUGUGUGCUAUAGGUGAAAGAGAUACUUUUGAUAAGUGUGAUCACCAUGGUAACAGCAAAGAGACUUCUGGGAUUACUAGUUCGGGGAACUGCCAUGACAGAUGGAAUCAUGGGAGUGGGGAUUUUAUUCUAGUGCUGGACUGCUGUGAUUUAACUGUGUUAAAGGUCGAAGAAGUAGAUUUAACGGCGGUGCCAGUUACCGAAAAAUGCCAGUCAAAUCGUGGAUUGGAGCAACAGUUCCCUGAGAGCCAUCAAAUGCCACCUGAACUAGCAGCUUCUCCUGCAAGCUGUUGGAAGGAUCAACUAUCGUGUUAUAUUCAACAAAGUCGGGCACCAGGAGGUGGGGAGCUCAUCUUUGUUACUGACUCAUGGAGCCUGCAGAUUAGAAAAGCUGGAGUAAAGAUGCCAUGUGCUUUCCCAUCAGCAGUACGAAUAUGGUAUAAAACAGCAGCAAAUGGGAGGUCUGUGACGUGGACUAAGGACCAAAGUGGAAGGCCCUGUGUUUACACAUUUGGAUCUCCCAUCAACAAUAGGGCUCUUUUUCCAUGUCAAGAGCCACCAGUAGCAAUGUCAACAUGGCAUGCAACUGUCCGAGCUGACAGCACAUUUAUUGUGCUAAUGAGCGGUGAAAACUUUGCUGCUCCAACCAACUGUGGUCAAGGGUUAAACAGUUGGUUCUAUUAUGUAACUAUGCCAAUGCCAGCCUCUACCUUCACCAUUGCAGUUGGAAGGUGGACAGAAGUUAAGGAAAACACCUCUGAAGAAAGUUUUGCUUUAUCUCAUUUUCCACCUUUGAAUGCCAAUAACAGAUCACCGGGACCAGAGUGCAAGCACAUUGAAUACCCAUGUCGUUAUAGUAGUCCUGAAGCUCAUACCCAGAUGUGUAUACCGUACCGUGUUUUUGCCCCAGAUGCACUUUUGAAAAGGUGUAAAGAGUUGUUGCUUCCUUUACUAUGUCAUUGCCUAGAAGCUGCUUAUUCUGUGGUGGGUGUUCAUCCAUUCUCAAGGCUUGAUGUUCUCAUAGUGCCACCCAAUUUCUCUAGUUUAGGAAUGGCAAGCCCACACAUUAUCUACCUGUCUCAGAGUGUUCUGUCUGGAAGUAAGCAGCUUUGCUUGACACGUGUCAGCCAUGAAAUUGCACAUGCUUGGUUUGGGUUGGCCAUUGGUGCACGUGAUUGGACAGAAGAAUGGAUAAGUGAAGGCUUUGCUACACACCUAGAGGAUGUAUUCUCAGCAGAAGUUCAAAAGCUCACAGCAGAGGAGGCCAGGGAGCAACAUGAGUUAAAAGCUCUUCUUCGAUGGCAUCGCCUUAGUGAUGAACUCACAAAUUCCCAACAGGAGCUACAAAUUCUUAGGCCCCAAGGUGAUAGCACGGGAGAAGUAAGUGACUCUGGAGCUUCUGUUGUACGACACGGACUAAAUGCAGACAAGGCUUUUAUGCAAGUGCAUUAUUUAAAGGGUUAUUUUCUACUUCGAUAUCUUGAAAAAAUCAUGGGUCCAGAUGCAUAUUUCUCUUUUCUGAGAAAAUUUGUGACUAAAUUUCAUGGGCAGCUGAUACUCUCUCAGGAUUUUCUACAUAUGCUGCUGAAUCAUUUUCCUGAGCAAAAUAAACAUGGGCUCUCUGUUGAACUUAUAUACAAAAUCUGGCUUGACACUCCUGGGAUGCCUCAGCCCUUGCUGGAGGACAGGCAGACCUGGGAAGAGAACGGACUGGUGCAGCGAGUGAGAGAAGAGGUCUCAAAAUGGGCUCGAUUGAACAAGAGGACCAGGAGAAGCACAAGCAGAAAAAGACAGCACGAGGAAGAAUUUAACAGUCAGAUCCUUCCAGAUCAGCUGGUUCUGCUUUUGGAUUUGCUGCUGCAGGAAGAUACUUUAUGCGCCAAAACACUGCAAUGCCUAAAGACAACCUACGGUCUGCAGGAACAAGACGCAGAGGUGCGGCACAGAUGGUGUGAGCUGGUUAUAAAACAUAAGUAUACAUCAGCCUAUAAGGAUGUGGAAAUAUUCCUACUGCAGGACCAGGCCAUGGGUGUGUAUCUCUAUGGAGAAUUAAUGUUGAACGAGGAUGCCAGACAGCAAGAACUUGCACACAGAUGCUUUGCUGUUGUCAGAGAUCAAAUGGAUGUAUCCUGUGUAAAAGUGGUGGGAGAGAUGUUGUUUUAAUGGAUUGACUUCCAUAGUUCAGUGCUGUGAUAAAACGACCAAGCUUUCAGUGUGGUCAUGUUAAUGCAAGUUAAACUGAAUAGGAUUAAGAGCUGUACUAUAGGUGGAUUACUUGUUCUAGAACAAGGCCAUAUUUGGAGCCUGUCUUCCAGCACAUUUAUGUGAUCCCUCAGUGCUAGACUAGAAACAUCAUAGGGCUUUGUGGUAUGUUUCUAAUGAACGGAGAAAGAAAAUAUUGCUAUUCCUAGCCAGUAAGACUGUAUGUAAUGUCUUUUUCUAGGAUUUUUACCCUUCUAUGCACUAGAUAUGAACAAUAAAUAUAUUUUAAUACCUUUAAAAAUA